AUGGCAGCCGUUAGAGUCAAGAUUUCGCCUCUCCCAAAGCCGUUUGAGGAAUCAGCGGUUGAUUUCGGAGCCGAGCUUUCAGGGAUUGAUCUCGAACACAUCGAUGACGAAAGUUUCGAGGUUAUCAGGGAAGCUCUCUAUAAAAACAACGUUGUCCUGAUCAAAGGCCAGCACGGCCUCUCACCAAAAGUCCAAUACGAACUUACCCGCCUCUUCGAUCCGGAAGCAAACACCUACAGCCAUGGCUCUCGCAUCGACAAGCGCAGCGUCCUCCACAAAGACCUAACCACCCUACCGUCCCAGCCCCAAGUGCAGGUCAUCGGUCACGGCGCCGUCGCUGAGUUCGAAGGGUUGACGGACCUAAAGCUUACCCACCCUCACCACAAGACCUUCCACAAGCAUCCUAUUUCGGAGGCCGAGGACUACGAUUACACUCACUUUUAUCGAUGGCACAUCGACUCGGCCAUGUACAAUUUGGAUCCACCCCUCGUCACAUCGCUUUUCGCUUGCAAGGUGCCCAAAGGACGGCGGCAGAUCUGUCGCUACGACGACGGGACAGGAGACGAGCUAGAGGUGCCCUUAGGAACGACAGCUUUCAUCAGUGGAUACCGCAUGCUUGAACUACUGUCGGAGGAGGAUCAGGAGUUUGUCAAGACCAGCUUCGUCGAGUACGGCGCACACCCGUACAUCUGGAUGAGCAAGGCCAAAGCGAGAUCAAACGGUCUGGGUCUCGUCUCAGAAGGGCUGGAGUUGCCUGAAGACCAGCUUCCGGAGAUCGAGCUGGAAAAGGUCAGGAAAUACCCCAUGGCAUGGGAGAAUCCGGUGACGGGGAAGUUUGCCAUGAUGAUAUACCCGACGCCGGCCCGCAGGAUUCAUCUCAAGGAUGGAACGGUGAUGGAGGAGUUGAAAGAGGUCAGAGAGAUGAUCUACAAGCUGCAACGACCAGCGAUCAGCCCACAGUACGUGUAUCCCCAUGAUUGGGAGGAGGGCGAUCUCGUUCUCUUCAACAACCACGGCGUCAUGCAUUCCAUUGUUGGAGCCUUUGCAGAGAACGAGACUCGCCUGUUCAGACAGUGUAACAUGGCAGCUAGUAGACCGCCCCAGGGGCCCGUUUUCUAG